UGUCUGGGAAGGGUGGGUGUGUGGCUGCUGCUGCAGUAAGAGUCCCUCUCUGAGAGACUCUGAGUUUACACUGGACCAGCGGAUGGUGCCACUCUUGUUCCACCGAGGCUAAAUAAGCAGUGAGGAAUAGAAACCAGUGAUGGCAUGGUUAAAUUGUUCUUGGUUUAUGAAGAGAAGCGUUAAUUAAUACAAGGAAGAGCGAGGUAUAAGUUGAAGAUACCUUACAAGUUGAUCUGACUACCCAAGACCGUCUACCACACAGUAGUUUGAGACGAUGUCUUCCAGAACUAUGACUUCUUUCCUCAACCUACUGACCUGCCUGGUUCUAGUGGUGACAACAACAGUGCCGCCAGUGACGGACACUGGCCAGGAUGCUGUCACUGUCCAGACCGCGGAGAUGCCCAGCGGAGAAGCAUCUUCCUCCUCCUCCUCCUCCUCAGCAUCCUCCUCAUCUCCCAUCAGCCUUAUCUCCCACAGAGACGGUCCCAGGGUGGACACGCGGCAUUCCGGAAACGUGUCGUCGGUGCUGGGACGGACGGCGUCUCUACGGUGUCGCGUCCUCGACAAGGGCAACAAGACGGUGUCCUGGAUCAGACACAGGGACCUACACCUGCUUACCGUCGACAAAUACACCUACACAUCUGAUCAAAGAUUCCAGGCUAUGUUUGAGCCGUCGACUGGUGACUGGGUGUUGUUGGUGGCAUCAGUGCAACUGAGGGACAGAGGGGUCUAUGAGUGCCAGAUUGGCACCACGCCUCCCAGGAGUCACUUUGUGGCACUGCAUAUAAUUGAGCCUCGUACGGAGAUCCUGGGAGGAGAUGACCUGCAUAUAAACACAGGUUCAACCAUUAAUCUGACCUGCCUGGUGCUGUACCAUGCUCGCUCCCCUCAUGCUAUCACCUGGCACCAUGAGGGCAAG